CCGCCCGCCUCUGUCACUGGGAGACAGUCCACUUAAAUGCAGUUCCAGGGUUGCGGGACGCCCACCAGCAUCACUCCCCGUGCGAGGUGGCAAAUGCAACAUGCUCUCCAGCUUGGGGUGUCUACUUCUCUGUGGAAGUAUUGCACUAACCCUGGGAAAUGCACAGAAAUUGCCAAAAGGUAAAAGGCCAAGCCUGAAAGUCCACAUCAAUACCACAAGCGACUCUAUCCUCUUGAAGUUCCUACGUCCAAAUCCAAAUGUAAAACUAGAAGGUUUUCUCCUGGGAUAUGGCAGCAACUUGUCACCAAACCAGUACUUCCCUCUUCCAGCGGAAGGGAAAUUCACGGAGGCUGUGGUCGAUGCAGAGCCUAAAUAUCUGAUUGUUGUGCGGCCUGCUCCUCCUCCAAGUCGAAAGAAGUCAUGCUCAGGUAAAGCACGCUCUCGCAAACCUCUCCAGCUGGUGGUUGGCACUCUGACACCAAGCUCCGUAUUCCUAUCCUGGGGUUUCCUCAUUAACCCACACCAUGACUGGACAUUACCAAGUCACUGUCCCAAUGACAGAUACUAUACAAUUCGCUAUAGAGAAAAGGAUAAGGAAAAGAAAUGGGUUUUUCAACUCUGUCCGGCCACUGAGACAAUUGUGGAAAAUCUAAAACCCAACACAGUUUAUGAAUUCGGAGUGAAAGACAAUGGAGAAGGUGGAAUUUGGAGUAAGAUUUUCAAUCACAAGACUGUUGUUGGCAGUAAAAAAGUAAAUGGGAAAAUCCAAAGCACCUAUGACCAAGUCCACACAGUGCCAGCAUAUGUCCCAAGGAAGCUAAUCCCAAUAACCAUCAUCAAACAAGUGAUUCAGAAUGUUACUCACAGGGCUUCAACUAAAUCCCCAGAUAAGACUCCUGUUGGAGGAACAAUAUUAGUCCAUCUUAUUAUUCCAGGUCUUAAUGAAACCACUGUGAAACUUCCUACAUCCAUAAUGCUUGAGAUUUCGGAUGCAAUCAAGACACAGUUAGCUAAGAAUGAAACGUUGGCAUUACCUGCUGAAUCUAAAACACCAGAGGUAGACAAAAUCCCAGCACAGCCCGUAACAGUGACUGCUGAGUCAGUGCCAAGGACCACAAAACCCACUGUGUCUAGCGCAUUAGAAUUUUCAGAAAAAACACUGGCUUCGAGUGAAAAGCCAUGGAUUGUGCCUACAAGUAAAACAUCUGAAGAUUCCAAACUUCUCCCACCUCAAACUGCCGCUUACGAUGUUUUCUCAAGCCCUGCGACAUCAGAUGAGCCUGAAAUGUCAGAACCCCACACAGCAACAAGUGAUCCAUUUCUGGACUCUGUCCCACCUAAAACUUCUAGAACUCUUGAACAGCCAAGGGCAACACUGGCUCCAAGUGAAACACCAUUUGUCCCUCAAAAACUGGAAAUCUUUACCAGUCCUGCAAUGCCACCUACAACAUCUGCUGCCCAGCAAACUACAUCUAUCCCUUCUACACCUAAACGACGCGUCAGGCCCAAACCACCAAGAACCAAACCUGAAAGAACCACAAGUCCUGGAACAAUUACACCUAAAAUUCCUAAAAGCCCUGAACCUACAUGGACAACGCUGGCUCCCAGUAAAACACAAUUUAUUUCUUUGAAACCUAAAAUUCCUCUCACCCCAGAAGGGACACCCACCAAACCUGCUCCCAAGCAGACACCACGUGCUCCUCCCAAACCAAAAACAUCUCCACGUCCAAGAAUCCCACAAACACAGCCAGCCCGCAAGGUGUCCCAGCAUGUUACUUCAAAGCCAAAAGCAUUACCAAGUCCAGAAGUAUCAUAUACUCCACCAGUUCCAAGAGAUGUGCUCCUUCCCCCUAAACCAGACCCUGAAGUCUCUCAGAGCGAACCUGCUCCUUUAGAGACACGAGGCAGCCCUUUCAUACCCAUGAUUUCACCAAGUACUACUAGUGAAGAGGAACUGCAAGCCACUCUGGCAGAAACAGACCAAUCCACCCAAGGAUUCUUCACAACUAAGAUUCCGCUAACAACUGAAUUGGCUAAGACAACUCAGGCACCACACAGAUUGUAUACUACUCCUGUGAGGCCCAGAAUACCGGACAAAGCACACAUCAGACCCAGGGUCAAGCAAGCACCAAAGCCAUCAAGUGCUGGUAAAAAUGUGUCAGUGGACUCCACCCACUCCACCAAAAAACCAGGCACUCGCCGCCCACCCUUGCCACCUAGACCUGGGCCCCCACGAAGAAAACCUUUACCACCAAAUAAUGUCACUGGCAAGCCAGGAAGUGCAGGAAUCAUUUCAUCAGGCCAAGUAACUUCUCCACCCCUGAGGGCCACACUUAGGCCUACUGAAGCCCCUUCAGAAAGAACAGAGACAGAUGAAAAGCAACCAACAGCUCCUGCCUCAGGAGAAGAUCUUGGUAAUAUAACUGACUUUAGCUCAAGUCCAACAAGAGAAACUGAUCCUCUUGGGAAGCCCAGAUUCAAAGGUCCUCAUGUGCGAUACAUCCAAAAACCUGACAACAGACCCUGCUCCAUCACUGAUUCUGUCAAACGGUUCCCCAAAGAGGAUGCCACCGAGGGGAAUGCCACCAGCCCACCGCAGAACCCACCUACCAACCUCACUGUGGUCACUGUGGAAGGAUGUCCCUCAUUUGUCAUCCUGGACUGGGAUAAGCCACUAAAUGAUACCGUCACUGAAUAUGAAGUUAUAUCCAGAGAAAAUGGGUCAUUCAGUGGGAAGAACAAGUCCAUACAAAUUACAAAUCAAACCUUCUCCACAGUAGAAAAUCUAAAACCAGAUACAAGCUAUGAAUUCCAGGUGAAACCCAAAAACCCACUUGGAGAAGGCCCACCCAGCAACACAGUGGCAUUCAGUACUGAAUCAGCGGACCCAAGAGUGAGCGAGCCAGUUUCUGCAGGGAGAGAUGCCAUCUGGACUGAAAGACCCUUUAACUCAGACUCUUACUCAGAAUGUAACGGCAAACAGUAUGUCAAACGGACAUGGUAUAAAAAAUUUGUAGGGGUGCAGCUGUGCAACUCUCUCCGAUACAAGAUUUAUCUGAGUGACUCCCUCACAGGAAAAUUUUAUAACAUAGGCGAUCAGAGAGGCCAUGGAGAAGACCACUGCCAGUUUGUGGACUCGUUUUUAGAUGGACGCACAGGACAGCAAUUCAGUUCUGACCAGUUACCCACCAAAGAAGGCUAUUUCAGAGCAGUUCGUCAGGAACCUGUCCAAUUUGGAGAAAUAGGUGGUCACACCCAAAUCAAUUAUGUCCAGUGGUAUGAAUGUGGGACCACAAUUCCUGGAAAAUGGUAGAUGCUGCAAUCAGGAUCAAAAGUGCCUUCUGUUUAUCAUGGCAAAAAAAAUAAUUGGAAACACUAUAGUAUUUGUCACAUUCAUUUAAAGCUGUUAUGUUUACUAUGUAUUAAAGUUUAAUAGCCAUAGUAGAUGUUUAUUAGAAAUGUUGCUGAGAAUAUUUAUCAGGUUUUACAAAAUCAUUUUAAGAAAACAAGAUAUUGACAUUAACAGGAUAACAUUUUUAGGGAAGCUGGCUCCCUAUCCAUGGUAUUUUAAGAGAUCAUUUGUAUAUUAUUUAUCACUCUGUUGUAAUGAUGUUUUGAGAUACUUUUAUAACAAAUUUAACAUCAAAAACUAAUAUACUUUUAAAAAAAUAUUUUAUUAAAGUGUAUUCUUACUGGUGAGUUAAUUCCAUAAAUCUCAACUUGGUUUAACUUAUUAGAUCAAAUUAUCUGAGCAUUUGUAUCUGGGGGAAAAAAGGUCCUAAUAUUCAUGUUUAUAUAAACUUCAAAUUUUUAGCAAUAGCUAAAUAGCUUUCCCUGACGCCAUUUCAAUAGUUAACCAUUCAUGCCGAUACACAUUUCCUUAAAUCUUUGCAAAUUACUGAAAACUGUUAGAAU